AUGGAGGCCAGAGUGGUGCACGCAUUGCAGAACAGGCAAGUGUUACUUCUUUGUGUAUUUCUGGGAGUGUCUUGGGCUGGUGCAGAAACACUUCGGUAUUUUGUGGCAGAGGAAACGGAGAGAGGGACCUUUCUGGCCAACCUAGCAAUUGAUCUGGGGUUAGGGACGGGGGAACUGUCAGCGCGGGGAUGUAGAAUUGUUUCAGAUAAGACCACAGGAUUUUUACUCCUCAAUCCGCUUACUGGUGAUUUACUUCUAAAUGAGAAAUUAGACCGAGAGGAACUGUGUGGCCCCACAGAGCCAUGUGUGUUGCCUUUCCAGUUGUUACUUGAAAAGCCUUUUCAGAUUUUCCAUGCUGAACUAUGGGUCAGAGACAUCAACGAUCAUUCUCCAGUAUUUCUAGAUAGAGAGAUUACCUUGAACAUAUUAGAAAGUACCACUCCAGGGGCAACAUUUCUCCUAGAAAGUGCACAGGAUUCAGAUGUUGGAAUCAACAACCUGAGAAACUACACUGUCAGCUCCAAUGUUUAUUUCCAUAUUAAUGUCCAUGAUAAUGGGGAAGGGAAUGUUUAUUCCGAAUUGGUACUGGAUAAAGUGCUGGAUCGUGAAGAGGUUCCUGAGCUGCGUUUAACCCUCACCGCCUUGGAUGGCGGCUCUCCGCCCAGAUCCGGAACCACCGUCAUACACAUCCUGGUUUUGGACAUAAAUGACAACGUCCCUGAAUUCGUAGAGUCGCUUUACAAAGUCCAGGUGCCUGAGAACAGCCCUGUUGGUUCCCUGGUUGUCACUGUGUCAGCUAGAGAUUUAGAUACCGGAAGUAAUGGAGAAAUCGUCUAUGCAUUUUUUUACGCCACUGAAAGAAUUCUCAAAACGUUUCGAAUCAAUUCAACAUCUGGCAAUCUUCAUCUUAAAGCCGAAUUGAACUACGAGGCAAUACAAACUUAUACAUUAACUAUUCAGGCCAAAGAUGGUGGAGGGCUUUCUGGAAAAUGUACUGUGGUGGUCCAUGUAACAGAUAUAAACGAUAAUCCACCAGAACUGCUCAUGUCAUCACUUACUAGCCCAAUUGCAGAAAACUCACCAGAGACAGUAGUCGCUGUUUUUAGGAUUAGAGACAGAGAUUCAGGGAACAAUGCAAAGAUGGUGUGCUCAAUCCAAGACCAUCUCCCCUUCGUCCUGAAGCCAUCAGUAGAGAAUUUCUACACCUUGGUAACAGAGACACCCCUAGACAGAGAGAGCCAGGCCGAAUACAACAUCACCAUCACCGUCACCGACCUGGGAACCCCCAGGCUGAUUACUGGUCUAAAUCUGUCUAAAGUGGUGGAAGACAUAAAUGACCAUUCUCCUGUGUUCACUGAAAGAGAAAUGAUUCUAAAAAUACCGGAAAACAGUCCUUUAGGAAUUACAUUCCCUCUGAGUAAUGCUCUGGACUUGGAUGUAGGAAGCAACAGUGUUCAAAACUAUAAAAUCAGCCCCAACUCCCAUUUUGAGGUUCUAACCCGCAAACUCAGUGAUGGCAGAAUGUACCCUGAGCUGGUGUUGAAAGAAGAGCUGGACAGGGAGGAAGAACCUGAAAUCUUAUUAACCUUGACAGCGCUGGAUGGAGGCUCUCCACAUCGGUAUGGGACAGCGCAGGUGCGCGUUGAAGUGGUGGACAGCAACGAUAACGCCCCUGAGUUUGGGCAGCCCAUCUACAAGGUGCAUAUUCCUGAGAACAGUCCCGUAGGCUCCCUGGUUGUCACUGUUUCUGCCAGUGAUUUAGACAGCGGAGUCUAUGGAAUAAUAUCCUACACACUCUUCCAGCCUUCAGAAGAUAUUAGCAAAACUUUGGAAGUAAAUCCUGUAACAGGAGAAAUUCGACUGAAAAAACAAGUAGAUUUUGAAACAGUUGUAUCUUAUGAAGUAGACAUCAAGGCCACUGAUGGGGGCGGCCUUUCAGGAAAAUGCACUCUUCUCCUCCAGGUGGUGGAUGUGAAUGAUAAUCCUCCAGAAGUGACCCUGUCUGCACUUACGAGCCCCAUCCCAGAGAAUUCACCUGAGAUUGUAGUUGCUGUUUUCAGUGUUUCAGAUCCUGACUCUGGGGACAAUGGGAAGACCAUUACCUCCAUCCAGGAUGACCUUCCUUUUCUUCUAAAACCUUCAGUCAAGAAUUUUUACACCUUGGUGGACGUCAGCGGCGAUGGGACCCUGUCCCACAGCUACCAGUAUGAGGUGUGUCUGAGGGGAGGGUCUGGGACCGGCGAGUUCAAGUUCGUCAAACCCAUUAUCCCCAAUAUCCAGGCACAGAGCUCUGGGAGGAAUAGUGAAGAAAAUCCCACCUUUCGAAAUAGCUUUGGAUUUAAUUUUCAGUAA